AUGUUGGUCUGGUGCACUUGUCAUACAUGCUCAUUAAAUGAUAGUGGCGGUUCAUGGAUAUCUAAAAGUGCUAAAACUCAGCACCGACAACAAGAAUAUAACAAUAAUUUAGAAAAUUAUAGUGAUGAUAAUUUAGAAGUAGAUAGAUUAGAAAAUGAGAUUAGAAGUAAGAAUAAAUUAGAAAAUAACUUAAGAAAUGAAGGCGAAUUAGAAAAUAGUUUGAAAAGUAGAAAUAAAAAUAAAUUGGUAAAUAGUUUAGAAAGCAAAAAUGAAUUUGCGAAUAGUAAUGAAUUAAUAAAUAGUUUAGAAAGUAAAAAUGAAUUUGCGAAUAGUGAUAAAUUAAUAAAUAGUUUAGAAAGUGAAAAUGAAUUUGAGAAUAGUGAUGAAUUAGUAAAUAGCUUAGAAAGUAAAAAUGAAUUUGAGAACAAUGAUGAAUCAGAGAAUAGUUUUAAAAGUGGAAAUGAAUUUGAAGACAAUGACAAAUCAGAGAAUAGUUUUGAAAACGAAGAAGAGUUUAUAAGCAUGCUUGAGUAUGAAGAUUCUGAUAAUGAUUCAGAGAAUAAUAGCAAUAAUUCAACUAUAACAGAUACAAGUAAUACAGAUAAUGAAGUAUGUUCGAGUGUUCAACAUGAAAAUACAUUCAUAUUAUGUGGUUGUGUAUUGUCUUGGUCUGGUGACAUACCUGGAAUCACAAAAUUAAUAUGUCUUAUGGGACAUAAUUCAUAUAGAGGAUGCUGUUAUUGUAAUAUUAAGGGUAUUUAUUCUUCACACAUAUAUUAUCCUACUAAUCCACCCAGAGAUCAAAAUAGUGAAACUUAUGAUUCAGAAAACCUACCAAUUAGAACUCAUAAUGAAUUCAAAAGACAAAUAAAAACAAUUCAAAAUGCACAAACAAAAUUAGAAAAAAAUUAA